GUACAUUUAUUCUAAAAUAAUCCAGAGCAAGCAGAUGAAGUUCUUAGGAAAAAAGUAGUCUAGCCUUUGGGUUAGGUUAGGCCUUAGGAAUUCAAAUACCUAAUCUAGAAUGACUGUGUACUAGACCUGCAAGUUCUGGGGCGUGAUCCUUAAAUGAAAAUGGCCUGAAAUCUGUGGUUAACAUUUCUGAUAAAAGUUUUUGUUAUCAUCUCUGGUUUAUUCUCAGAUUUUUGUUUUCAUAUGAUUUUUCCUUGUACCUGUUAUGAGAACAACAAAUAUACUUUCUGUAUCUGUACAAUAUGUAUUUGAUCAAGAAUGUAUGGAAAUUGAAACCCUGCGUCCCUAUGAUUACUGCUUUUCAUUGUUUUACCUUUAAGAAGAUCUGGAAGGAAAAUUACAGAUGAAAUUCUCUAUUGACAAAUUCAAAAUGAUAUACCAGAAAAAAACUUAAAUUAUAUUUACAGAAUACUGCAUUCUAAAUUUGCUGUUACUGAAUAGAUAUUGGAGAGCUGCUUGUGACAUCAACUGAAACACCAAACAAGAUAAUGAGGAUACCUGGAGGACGAUAUUUAAAUAUAAACCUUUUGCAGAGAUGAUAUUAAACAAGUACAUUGAAAGUUGGAAAAGAUGAAACAACUAAAAAGAAAAAGAAAAAGCAAUUUUAGUGUUCAAGAAACUCAAACACUACUUAAGGAAAUCCGAAAAAGGAGAGAAGUGCUUUUUUCUAAACAACUAAAUACAACAAUUAAUGAAAUGAAACGGAAGGCUUGGGAGGAAAUAGCGGAGUGUGUGAAUGCUGUGGGUGAAGGAGAGCAGAGGACAGGGACAGAAGUGAAAAGACGAUACCUUGACUGGAGAGCCCUUAUGAAGCGGAAGCGAUUGAAUUCCAACAUCAAACUUGUAGGUGCUGGCUUUCAUCUUCCUUCAUCUGAUUUGGAUGAUUCUCUCAAUGAAGAUAUUGAUGACAAAAUUGGAUUUGCGAAUGAAUCUAAUUUUGAGUGGCAGAGUAUCACAGACUUCCGGGAAGCAGGUGGAUCUUUAACUGAAGUCAAAGUAGAAGAAGAAGAGGAAGAUCCGCAGAGUUUUGAAUUUCCUAUUGAGGAAGAAGAGGAGAUUCUGUCCUCAGUGUUGCCAGACUCCAAAAAGGAAAGCGAUCUUCCAGAUUUCACUCACAUUGAGGAGUUUGGCAAUCUAAGUUCUGCCCAAGCAAGGCUGGCUUAUGAGGAUUCCCAUUUGCUCAUCAGCCUGGAGAAACAAAAGCUGGAACUAGAAAAACAGCGCCUGGAUAUCGAAGCAGAGCGGCUGCAAGUUGAGAAGGAGCGGCUGCAGAUCGAAAAAGAGCGGUUGCGGCACAUUGAUCUGGAGCAUGAGAAGCUUCAGCUAGAAAAGGAACGGCUGCAGAUGGAGCGAGAGAAACUGAGGCAUGAGGCACUGCAUGCUGAAAAACCUUCCCCUGAGAAUGAUGCCAGCCAGGCAGCACCACCUCUCGAUCUAGAAACGGAAAAACUUAAAAUUGAAAAGGAGCGCUUGCAGUUAGAGAAGGAGAGGCUGCAAUUCCUGAAGUUUGAAUCAGAGAAGCUUCAAAUUGAGAAAGAACGCUUGCAAGUUGAAAAAGAACGCCUGCGAAUUCAGCGGGAAGGACACUUGCAGUGAAUUUGGUCUGGGCAAUGCUGUUGUGUUUCAGUGUUUGUAUUUUUUCUUAAAAGUUUAACUUGGUUUCAUUGAAAGUGUUGGGCGACCUGGUCUUUAAAGCAUCUCACCAUUUGCAAAAGUCGUGCUUUACGUUGCUCUGUGAAGCUUUCACUUUCACAGUAUACUUUUUUUCCCGUUUUGGUCAGAGUUGAAUGUGACUGUGUUCCAGUUUUAAAAGAAGCUGAGGAAUGGUGCUCAGCAAGUUGGUGUGCCUAUGUAAAUGGAGCUUAUAUGUGAAGCUGCAUUUCUAUGUAAGAGAAGUGUUAAUGUCCUCUUGCAUUCUCUGUUGUAUAGCUUUAUGUCCACAUUAAGGUGAAGGCAAAGCUGUAUCUUGUUGUUUUAAGAGUAUUCUAAAUCCACGGGAGCCUUCACUAGGAAUUUGCAUUUGAUCUGAAGGAAUAAGAUUAAAGCUAGGCCUUGUGUGUUACAUAUUGUUACCACGAAAAGUAAUGCCUUUAAUGUGAAGUGUGCUCUUCCCUGGAUGGAUUUGCAAAAGUGUCUUUGAGGCUCUUGGUAGUGUUUCUGCUCAGUACAUUUGCUUGUAGAAAAUGAAUAAAUGAAGCUUCAUGUAUGGAAACAUAAAUUUAACCAUUUAUUUCUAAGUCAGAUCUUAGAAAUUCUGGUAUCUGUAGAUAACUUUUGUGGCCCGCUUUCACAUUCAAGUGUUUGGAUAGGAAUAUAUCUUGUGGGAAUUACAUAGAUUAUUGUACAUGUAAAUUUAUUUAUAUCACUAUGUAAUUACUUUUAUUUUGCAAAUAAAUUGUUAUUUUUUAA